AUGCUUCCGCCCGGUCCCGCCCCAAGCAAAACCCACCCCGCCGCCGCCGCCGCCCUGAUCCGGCAGUCGGUCGCGCUUGAACAGCACGCCGACCUCCAGCCUGGCCCGCGCCACUCAACGCGCUCGCUGCUCUCCACCGACCUUACUCAUGUCGUCGAGAACGGGCGAACCUACCCGAACGACACCUACUACAUGCCGUGCGACGGGCUCGAGCAGACGCGCCUCGAGAUCCUGCACCGCCUCUACCUGACCGCCCUCGACGGUGCCCUCACCACCGCCCCUCUCUCGCCCGGCAUCCAGCGCGUGCUCGAUGUCGGCACCGGCCCGGGCGAAUGGGCUUCUCAGAUGGCCGAGCAGUUUCCCGACGCCGAGAUCGUCGCCGUCGAUCUGGCCGUAUGGGAGCUGCCUGCCCGCGAAGCCGCCGUCGACUCGGACGAAGACGACUCGUCCUGCGACGACAUCGACCCCAAGGCCAAUGUCAUCUGGGAGAUUGACGACCUGGAGCCCUACUCCGAGAGCAGCCGAACCCACAGUCCCGUGAACCCCUCUUCGACGCCGGCGCUGGAAGCGCAGCUCGCCUCAGUCACGGCCGACGUCGAAGGGCUCACCAUCGACCACGACCAGGGCUACGCCAGCGGCAGCACCACGGCCGAGGGCGGCGCCGACGACGACCACAUCAACGGUGAUACCAACAAGACGCCGGCAUCGCCGCCAUCAUCAUCCCAAAAACCCCACCACCCCCAACUACUAGGCGCCGAGCUGACCGUCGACGACGGCUGGAACUUCUCCGAGCCCUUCGACUUCGUCCACGUGCGCGACCUCAAAGGCGCCUUCCGCGACUGGCGCGCCGUCUACCGCGAAGCCUUCACCAGCCUCGCGCCGGGCGGCCUGCUCGAGGUCGUCGAGGUCAUGCCCGACCUGUCCACCAUCUCGCCCCCCAGCCCUUCCUCACCCUGCACCACUUCGGCCAACAAGAAAAAAUCAAAACGCUCACCCGCCGCCGCCGCCUCCUGCUCAUCCUCCACCACCUCCGCCUCGGCCGUCCGCACCCUCGUCGACGCCACCGUCGCCGCCGCCGCCGCGUCCGGCCGCCCCCUCUCCCUCGACCACAUCCUGCCCGAGUCGCGCCUCCUCGAAGACGCCGGCUUCUGCGACGUGCGCCGCCGCUGCGUCGACGUGCCCAUGGGGCCUCACGGCAUCAUCAGCUCCGGCUCGUCCGGCAUUCAUCAUCACGACGACGACCACCACCACCACUCGCGCCUCGCGUCGCUGGGCAAGAUGUGGCUCGUCGUGUGCGCCGAAGGGCUCGAGGCCAGCUGCUUAAGGUUGCUGACGCGUCAUGCGGGGUGGACGCCGGAGCGGGUGCGGGCGAUGGUGAAGGAGGCGCGGAGGGAGAUUUUGGAGGGGAGGUGCGGGGGCGUGGUGACGAAGGCGUGGUUCGUGACGGCGAGGAAGAAGGGGGGUGCUGGGGUGGGGGGGAAGAAGAAGAGGAGGAGGAGGAAGAGGAAUGGGGGAUGA